AUGGCCUCGCCUAUUCCCCGCGGUAUCAAGCAGGUGCUCCAGAAGACGCCCAACGACAUUGUCAUUCUGUCCUCCCUGCGAACUCCCGUCACGCGCGCUAAGAAGGGCGGCUUCAAGGAUGCCUACCCCGAAGAGCUGCUCUCCCAUGUGCUCCGCGCUACCUUGAAGGCCAACCCCAACCUCGACCCUGCUCUGAUCGACGAUGUCACCAUCGGCUCCGUGCUGCAGGAGCUCGGUGGCGCCAAGGCCGGCCGUAUGGCCCAGAUCCACGCCGGUUUCCCUCACUCCGUGCCCUUCAACACCAUCAACCGCCAGUGCUCCUCCGGUCUGGCCGCUAUCACCGCUGUUUCCUACGGCAUCCGCGCCGGCGCCAUCAACGUCGGUGUCGGUGGUGGUAUGGAGUCGAUGACUCGCAACUACGGCUCCCGCGCUAUCCCUACCGUCCUCUGGCCCGAGCUGAAGGAUUCCCACUCCAAGGAUGCCCGCGACUGCAUCAUGCCCAUGGGUAUUACCUCUGAGAACGUCGCUUCGCGCUACGGCAUCUCCCGCGCUGACCAGGACGCUUUCGCCGCUGAGUCGCACCACAAGGCCUCCGCCGCCCAGAAGGCUGGCCGCUUCGACAGCGAGAUCGUCCCCGUCACGACCAAGUCCUACUCCGCCGAGAACCCCGACGCUGCCCCCGAGGAGAUCACCGUCACCCAGGACGACGGUAUCCGCCACAACAUCUCCGUCGAGAAGAUGGCCUCUCUCAAGCCCGCCUUCGCCGCCGACGGUGCUAGCACCGCCGGUAACAGCUCCCAGGUCAGCGACGGUGCCGCCGCCGCUCUGCUGAUGCGCCGUUCCACCGCCGAGGAGCUCGGUCUGUCCGGCUCUAUCAAGGGUCGCUGGGUCGCUACCGCCAUUGCCGGCUGUGCCCCCGAUGAGAUGGGUGUUGGUCCCGCCGUUGCUAUCCCCAAGUUGCUCGAGACCACUGGCCUGAGCGUCGCCGAUGUCGGUGUCUGGGAGAUCAACGAGGCCUUCGCCUCCCAGGCUCUGUACAGCAUCCGCAAGUGUGGAAUUGACCCGGCUAAGGUUAACCCCAACGGUGGUGCUAUUGCUAUCGGUCACCCUCUCGGUGCUACCGGUGCCCGUCAGCUCGCUGAUCUGCUCCCCGAGCUGGAGCGUAGCGGCCAGGAUAUCGGUGUUGUCAGCAUGUGCAUUGGUACUGGCAUGGGUAUGGCCGGUAUGUUUGUUCGCGAGUAA